UGCAAUAAAUAUCUGUCACCACUUGUCUCCGGCCCACCCGAACACCAGCUCCGAAACCCCAGCGAACAUGUGUCCUACGGCGAGAGUGGAGGCGCCGAUGGAGUGUCCGGCGCCGGUGUCGGCACCGACGACGUCGGGGCCGUGAGUCGUAAGGAGAGGACACUAUUCAGUAAACAACAGUUGGAGUCAUUGGAGGCCCAGUUCUCUCAGCACCAGUACCUGACACGACUCCGGCGGUACGAAAUUGCCGUACAAUUAAAUCUGACGGAACGCCAGGUUAAAGUGUGGUUUCAAAACAGACGGAUGAAAGUCCGGCGACUAAACGAUGAAAACACGUCUCAAAAAUGAUGAUAAUUUGUUAUAUAACUUAAGAUUUAGUAUUACCUAAUUAUUGCAC